AUGCAGCGCAAAGUGAGGAAGGUGGUCAGGGAGGCCAAGAUCGUCCUGUCAGACAGUGAGAGGAGGCGGGAGGACGAGAGCCCGGACUCGGUCUUCUACCAGGACCCGCGCAUGGUGGUGCAUGUCGACAUGAAGUUCGCCAUGAAGCUGCAGUCGCUCUACAGCAAGCGCAUCCUCCCCGGCUCUGCCAUCCUCGACCUUGGGGCCUCCUGCGCCUCGCUGCUCCCUGAAGACAAGCCGUUUCGAGAGGUGGUGGGGCUGGGGAUGAACAUGGAGGAGAUGCUGGCGAACGAGGAGCUGACGGACCGGGUGGUCCAAGACCUCAACGAGGACCCAGUGCUCCCCUUCGAAGACGAGCGCUUUGACGCCGUCGUCUGCGCGAGCUCUGUGCAGUACUUCACGCAGCCGGAGCUGGUGCUGGCGGAGGCUGCUCGGGUGCUGCGACCUGGCGGAGUGCUGAUCCUCUCCUUUACGGACAAGGCGUUUGCGAGCAAGGCGAUCGAGGGAUGGAAGUCGAGGGGGAACCUGAAGCGCUGCGAGCUGGUCAUGGACUGCGUCCGAGCAUGCAGCUCCUUCACUACCCCCGAGCUGAUCUGGGAGGUGAACCCCUUCUCCUCCCUCGGGCUCAUGCUCCCUGCUCUCCGUGAGAGCACGGGCGGUGACCCGUUCAUGGCUGUGGUGGCCUACAAGGAUACGCCGCCAGCUGGAUGGGCCAUGCAGUGA